AUGGCGGGCACCAGCGAUGAGGGGAACAACCCCGACUACAGCGCCUGGAGCAAUUCCAGCCUGAUCGAGCGCAUUACGGAACUCGAGCGCCAGCUGCACUCGCAAACCACGCAGUACACGGCACCAACCCCAGCGGUCGGCGAAGCCAUACCCCGCGCACCGAUUGCUACGGAUGUUAGCGAGCCUGCGAUCCCUCUUGCCGAUACACACGUCAGCGUCCCCUCGAAGAAGAAGCGUGUGCACUCUCCGGAUGGCGAUAUAUGUCAUACACCCGGGCGACUGCGCCCUCAUAAGGAGGAGCGUGGGUUUGAUCCGUCGAAGUAUCAGACGCGGUUCAUUGCGCUGAAGUUCGCCUACUUGGGUCAGCGGUACAAUGGUCUGGAACAUACCAAUGGGAAUACUACACCUCUGCCUACUAUCGAGGAAGUUCUUUGGAAGGCGCUGCGCCGCACACGUUUGAUUCUUCCGCAGACCUCGUCUCCGGCAGACGAGCCGGACGAUGUUCACCCUAGAGAGCAGCGGCCCUACUCUAUUCAUUGGGAUGGAUGUGAUUACUCCAAGGCUGGAAGAACCGAUCGCGGUGUGAGCGCAUUUGGACAGGUCGUUGGUCUAAGAGUUCGUUCUGCGAGGCCACAGCCUAAGCCCACGGCCUCGACUGAGCAGGAGGGUCUACAAGAUGGAGAUGCGAUGCAGGUUGAAGAGCCAGCUGCAGAUGCGGGCUGGGAUGAUAUCGCGGAUGAGAUUGCCUAUAUACAAGUCCUGAACAGGGUGCUCCCCGAGGACAUUCGUGUUCUCGCCUGGUGCCCUCACCCUCCGGAAGGAUUCGAUGCCCGUUUCUCCUGCCGUGAGCGCCGCUAUCGGUACUUCUUCACCCAGCCAGCAUUCUCCCCCACACCUGGUGCAUUCGGCUUUGAGAACCGCGCAGGAACCGGUCAAGGCGAGCGCAACAAGUAUCGCGAGGGCUGGCUGGAUAUUGACGCCAUGCGCGAAGCAGCCAAGCAUUUCGAGGGUACUCAUGACUUCCGAAACUUCUGCAAGCUCGAUACAAGCAAGCAGAUUGAGAACUUUGAACGGAUCAUCUUCCAUUCUGACAUCCAACUCGUGAACCCAAAGACGAACCCCCUGGGAUAUGUCGGCCAAUCUGGAUUCCAGAUCACAGAGGACUUUGAAGCAGAUGUCGACAUGCUGUCUUCGCAAAAGCCCGAGCCCACUGUUCCUCAGGUAUACUCUUUCAACUUGUAUGGAUCUGCCUUCUUGUGGCACCAGGUCCGCCAUAUGGUGGCUAUCCUCUUCUUGGUCGGUCAAGGACUCGAGUCUCCAUCCAUUGUGCCGGAGCUGUUGGACAUUACCAAGAACCCUCGGAAGCCAUCAUACGAAAUGGCAUCCGAUGCGCCACUGGUUCUGUGGGACACAAUUUUCCCCGACGAGAGCAGUGGUAGCCGAGACGACGCCCUCGACUGGGUUUAUGCCGGCGAUCCACGGCUCAACAAGAGCCGCAGUGCCAAGGGCGACAGCAAGUAUGGCUUGAAUGGUGCUGUAGAGAGCCUGUGGACAGUCUGGAGACAGCGCAAGAUGGACGAGAUCUUGGCGGGCGCCUUGCUUGACUUGGUCGUCAGUCAAGGCGACCACAGCUUGGUGACAAAAAUGGAUGGCAAGCAGGGAACUGGCAAGAAGCAGAGCAGGGGUGCCAAGAUCUGGUUGGGAGGAGACGAAGCUCGCACCGGGGGAAGAUACGUCCCCGUUCUGCAAAAGGCCAAAACAGAGGCCGUUGAUGUCCGGAAUGCCAAGUGGCUCGAGGCUAAGCAGCGCAAGAACGCCAUCAAGGCAGCCGCUUUGCAAAAAGAGGAGGCUUAA